AUGGGAAUCAACCAGAAGCUGCCACAAGGACUGGCACGUGCGACCCAAGCAGCAUCGAAUGGCCCGUCGGUCAAUGUUCAAAAGUCCACGUCACUCAACACUCACAAGCAAAAGUCGCAACCAUCGCAAGUACCAAUGAAGUCCGGGAGGAUGAAACAGAACCCAAAGCAUCAAAUUUUGAGACAAUUUAAGUUAAUUUCGGUAAACUUUAAGGAAGCAGCAUUGGAUAGUCCCAGUUUCCGGGCUUCCAUAAACCACUUGGACGUUCAAUUGAUGAAUAUAGAGCAAUGGUUGCUCGCAAUUAGUUCUUCAUUAAAGAAGAUGCCGAGAUAUAUCAAAGAAGUGGAAACGUUUUGCGACUCAUUUUUAGAAUACUUAUUUCCAAGUUUCUUACAAGAUGGAUUUAUUGACCAAGAAUACAGUUCCCAAGCUUUACAAGCAACCUUGGCCGGAUUAAAACAAAUUUGGGGUCAAAGUUUGUUUGCUUUGACCAUAAACCCUACUGUUUUGAAUGAAUUGAACCAGUUUAGAACUGUCAAUGUAGCCAAAUAUCGCGAAUUGCGCCGAAAAUUUGACAUGAGCCAAAGAAAGUAUGAUAGGUAUGUGAAUGUGUAUUCCAGUUCAACAAAAUCAAAAGAUGCAGUAAUGGUCAUGGAAGAUGCCAAGCAGUUAUACCAGGUGCGCAGAGAGUAUCUACAUGUAUCUCUCGAUAUCGUUUGUGAAUUGCAAAAUUUGAGUGCGGUAUUGGAUAGACUACUCGUAUCAUUGGUGACCAGUCUUUGGGAGAAGAAGUAUGCCGCAUUUGCCACAAAUGAACCUAAUGACCCUCUUCGAAGGAAUUACGAACUGAUUCAAAGAGUUCAGAGCUGGAGCUAUUCAAUCGCGUCUGCCUCUAAAGAGAUUAAAAACGAUAUGCUACUUGCACGCAAGCAGGUUGAAGAUGGCUCAAGUGCACAAUUUCAACCUUCAUUGAAUGCCAAUGAUUACAAAGUCUCAACAAUAAGCUACAAAUCUUUGCACGAUAUCGAUGAACCCUCGUUUGAAAAGCAUGGCUAUUUGUUUAUGAAAACUUGGACAGAAAAGAGUGCUAAACCAAUAUGGGUAAGGAGAUGGUGCUUCAUAAAGAAUGGAGUAUUUGGCAUGUACUUGUUAAGUGCGUCUCAAACUUCGGUACAGGAAACAGAUAAGCUAGGUAUUUUUCUUUGCAAUAUGCGUUAUGCACCAAAUGAGGAUCGAAGAUUUUGUUUUGAUUUAAAAACUAGCGAACUUACAGUCACAUUACAAGCUGAGUCGCUUGUUGAACUAAAAUCGUGGUUGAAGGUUUUUGAUAAUGAGAAAGAUCGGAUUUCUUCCUUGCCACCAGAUGACGAUUUAUUCAGAGUUGCGUCUACAAGAUUUCCGCCAAUUUUUUUGGAAUUUGCAUCCACAGAAAAUACCACCAUAGACCAGGAAUUGUCUAGCGUGAAGGUUGUCAAUUCCACUGGGCAAGCAAUAGUCUCUAGUUCGAUGAUGCGCAACGUUGACAAAUUUGGGAAAAUGUAUGGCGUAAAUUUAUAUGCUGAUAUGCCUCGAGUCCACCCACCAUUUAUGACAGACAAAACCAAGGAGUCUUUUGUUGCAUUUUGUACCAGUUUCAGAGCUAUUGACAUACCUCAUGCGUUGACAGCAAAUGUAUGGGGGUCCGUGAAUUGGGGGCUCUAUUAUCUUCAAGGAGCGGUUGAGCACACUGAUGUUUUUCCAUCACAGCGCAAAAUGAAAGACCAAUCUAUGAUAGAAUAUCAGGAAAAAUACACAGGCUCGGCCGUGCCUUAUCCACAUUUUUACCCUAGAGAAUUGAUAACAUUUGACAUUCAAAUGCGCGCAUUGUUUGAAAAUGUAGUUGAAGCGGGAGAGUAUUGUGUCAUGUCUUUUUGUUGCAUUUGGGCUCCCAAUUCCAGGCAAGAGUUAAGUGGUCGUUGCUUUUUAACUACGCACCACAUUUACUUCUACAUGCAGGCAUUGGGAUUCGUUGCCUUGUAUAAGGCAUACAUUGGUGAAUGUGUAUCGAUGGAAGUCUCAGGUCAAGCCGACUUUGAUACUUUAAAAGUUUACACCGUUGAUGGAGUCAUUAGAUUAAAGUUGUUUAUGGAAGAUGCAAAGAUGAUUAGAAGGAAAUAUCUUUAUCUUAUAGACAAUGUUGUCAGUGACAGUCCGAAAAAUCUCCAAGAAGUGUUGAAAGCUUUUGAAGGGAUUGAGCAUGAAGUUCACCAAGAAGCACAUGAUAGCGCAAUUAUUCAAGAGAUUAACAAACUAACAAAAAACUUGUCAAACAAGACUUUGAUAAAUAAUCGAUUGUUGAUAGGAGGAGAUACCGCGUCGAUAUCCCCUAAUACAAGUGGCAAGGCAACAUCGUAUCAAGUUGACUUUACCCCGCAGUUUUAUCUUGUUGGCGAGAAAACGUACUCAUUGCCGCCCAAAGCCAUUUUUCAUGCUUUAUUAGGUGACGAAUCAGACAUAUUCAACCGGGAAACUGCAACUCUCAAGUUCGGUUUUAAGGUGACAAAACCAUGGAGGGUGGAUAAUAUGAACGCGGAUAAGUUGUAUCGACACGGGGUUAGGCCAGUCUUGCUAAACGGAAAGACGAGACAGUUGCGAUACGAGCAGGUGAUUGACAAAAUGGAAGAUAACACCUAUUACGUUUUUACUCAUACGCUCUCACGUUUUGAUUUUUGUUUGGGCUCACCAUUUGCCAUUGUGGGUAAAUACGUUGUGGCGGGUGUAGCUGGGAAACGUACAAGGGUGUACUUUUAUUCACGAACCGUAUUUGAACACAAUUCGCCUUGGAAUCCACUCAUCAAGCAGAUUGUCAGAAGUGUCAAUGUAGACCAGGUGUCCAAAAUCAAUCAAAAAUUGAGGAGUGCUGUUAAAGCUGUAGGCUCUCAUGGGCAAAUCGUGAAAGCCAUUUAUUUAUAUGGAAAAUUGAGCCACACUAGCGACCCCGAAACGGAAGAAAUACCAUCAGAAGUUCCAGUUAUACAACUUGGAAUAGAUGAUUGUUGGAACUUGCUAGUGCAUAGAAUUUUUGCCUUUUGGAGAGAUUUGUUCAUUUGGUUGAUCUCCUUGGCGAUUCAACUCACGAAAAUUACAUUUGAAAAUCUCAAGGCAAACCAAAUUUAUGUCGCUAUGAUUGUUGCCUUGAUAGGGUCCAAUAUCUUCCUAUUGGGUAAAACGAGUGUAACUUACUGGACAGUACACCGGGGUAAUUCUUUAGCUCAAGACUUUGUAAAGCAAAAUCCAUUGUUGUUGCAAAGAGCAGUCUAUUCACAAGAUGUAUUGGACGAGUUCAAAAAUCGAGCGAGCUUAUUGAACUCGACGAUAUCAAGCAGCAAACCGUUUCAACUAUUUGAAUCGGAAUCCUUUACAUGGAAUUACCAAAAUUUAUCGAGAUUGUUUAAUGAUGAUGGUAUACCUCGAAAGGGCGAUCUUCAAGAAAUAGAGACUAGGAUGAGGUCCGAAUUCAGAGCCAUCGGUCUUGAGCGAUAUAAUUUAUUAGUAGAGUUGAGAUUAUUGCAAAAUAAGGAAAAAGAAAUUGCCGAGAGGGAAUUUGUAAAUUGGUUGCUAAAUGAGGUUGAUAGAUGUGACUCCAUGCAAGGUUAUGUCACUUCUCAAGUAAAGAUCAGCCGGAAAUCAAAAAAAGCACAUAGAUUGGGUGACGCCUUCCAACAAGAUCGCGAGUUAGUAGAUGGAGUCGAUGAGAUUGUUAGUUACUGCAACAACUGCAAGCACUUGUUGGGUGAGUUACUAUGA